AUGGACGAUGAAAAUAAGGCUCAACAAGCCUAAGAUAGAUAAAUUACAAAGGAUGAAAUCACUGCACAUUCUGCUGAGGGGGAUUGCUGGCUACUUAUAGAAGGAAAAGUUUAUGAUGUGAGUCCAUAUAUGGACAAGCAUCCAGGUGGGUCUGAUAUAUUAUUAGCUAAUGCAAGUGGCUAGGAUGCAAGCGAAGCCUACGAGGAUGCAGAUCAUUCCAAAAGAGCUAAAGAAAUGCUUAAAAAAUACUUUAUUGGAGUCCUUGCCUAGUGA